AUGUGGCUGGCGCUGGCGGCGUUGCUCGCGGCGGCGGGGGCGCAGUACGAGCGCUACAGCUUCCGCAGUUUCCCGCGGGACGAGCUCAUGCCGCUCGAGUCCGCCUACCGCUACGGCCUGGACCAGUACAGCACGGAGAACUGGCCCGAGAGCGUCAACUACCUGGAGGUCAGCAUGCGGCUCUACCGCCUGCUGCGCGACAGCGAGGCCUUCUGCCACCGCAACUGCAGCGCUGCCGGGCAGCCCCCCGCCGCCGCCGCCGCCGCCGGGGGAGCGCUGGCCGAGCUGCGCCUCCUGGCCGGGGUGCUGCGGCGGGCCCAGUGCCUGCGGCGCUGCAAGCAGGGGCUGCCCGCCUUCCGCCAGGCCCAGCCCGGCCGCGACCUGCUCGAGGACUUCCAGCGCCGCGAGCCCUACAAGUACCUGCAGUUCGCCUACUUCAAGGCCAAUAAUCUUCCAAAAGCUAUUGCGGCAGCUCACACAUUUCUUCUGAAGCAUCCAGAGGAUGAAAUGAUGCAAAGAAACAUGGCCUACUAUAAGAGCAUACCUGAUGCUGAGGAGCAUAUUAAAGACUUGGAGACAAAACCUUAUGAGAAUCUCUUUGUCAGGGCUGUGAGAGCAUACAAUGGUGACAACUGGAGAACAUCCAUCUCAGACAUGGAACUGGCUCUUCCUGAUUUCUUCAAAGCCUACGAUGACUGUACGGCAGCCUGUGAAGGCUCCCGCGAGAUCAAAGAAUUUAAAGACUUCUAUCUCUCCAUUGCAGACCAUUACGUUGAAGUCCUUGCAUGCAAAGUGCAGUGUGAGAGUAAUCUGACACCCAUUAUAGGAGGCUUUGUUGUUGAGAAAUUUGUGGCCACCAUGUACCAUUACUUGCAGUUUGCUUAUUAUAAAUUGAAUGACAUGAAGAAUGCAGCUUCUUGUGCUGCUAGUUACCUUCUGUUUGACCAGAAAGAUGAAGUAAUGAAACAGAACAUGGUCUAUUAUCAGUACCACAAAGACAAAUGGGGACUUAAAGAAGAGGAUUUUCAGCCCAGAUCGGAGGCAGUUCGAUACCACAACAUAACCACACUCCAGUUGGAAAUGUAUGAAUUCGCAAAGGAACAUCUGAUGGAUGAUGAUGAGGGUGAAGUUGUGGAAUUCCUUGAUGAGCUGUUAGAAGUAGAGGAAAAGAAGGAACCCUGAUGAGUGAAAGCACCACGAAGUGUUUUACAAAAGUAAAGACUCGUCGUUGCUCCUUACUAUUGUUUUUGGUCACCUGUAGUUCCAGUUAGAUAUACCUCAAAGCUGCUCCUUUAAGCUUCACCUUAUGUCACAAGAUCACUCCUGCACUGACUCUUCCGUGAGCAUGGCUUUUCACUGUGCAUUUACAGAAUUGGUGCAUAUGGGUUUCCUCUUGAGCUUUCUUUCCUUUACACAAACACAACAAAGCAGACUAUUUGUAUUUUUGGGGCUAACACUAAGGUUCCUCAUUUCAGUGCUGUUCCACUGAGUUAUAACAGUACGGCUAAAUUCCGAAGAAUUUUUGUCAGAUUAUGAAUCAGAUUAUGAACCAUGGAAGACAUAACAGUUCCUCUAGACUUUCUGACCUAUGUAUUGUGUUAUUUAUAUAUGUCUUUUUCUGUAAUGAUGAAUAAAGCGAUACUGAAUCCCAGCGCACCUGAAAGAUGUUAAGAUACAUUUAAAUAGCUGAAAUAAGAUGAUUAACAAAGCACAACUAGUGAUCUUGUAAAAGUUGCUUAAAGAAUUCUUUAAGCAGUGUUGAUCUUUCUUAAAAACUUAAUGAAAUUCCAUGAUGUGAAACUGAGGUCACUUGGAACUGAAUAAUAAAUCAUUCCUUCUUCCUACCAGUUCUUACUCUUUCUGUUGAAACAACUUGUCGUUCC